GAUUGUCUCAUACGCAUGCGCGGAGCGGGGCGGACACCAGAGAGCGGCAAUACAGGGGGGGAAAAGAUGGCGGAUGGAAGUGGCAAGCUGAAGGAACUGCGGGAACAGAUGGUUGCUGCAGCACAGGCGCAGGCAGAAGAGAGAAGAAAUCAAAGUGGUUCUAGCCUUGUCCCAGAUCAGCCUGCCUUGAUUCCAAAAUCAACAAAACCAGUAAUAGAUGGCUCUGCUUUAAGAACAGAUGAGCGGCAGAGAUUAGCACGUGAACGUAGAGAAGAGCGCGAUAGACUAAAUGCAACCAAAGAAUCACAGUUGCUUGAAAAAGAGAAAAGAGCAAAACUCCAAUAUGAAAAACAAAUAGAAGAAAAGCUAAAAAAGCUGGAAGAACAGAAACUUAAAGAUGAGCAGAAGAGGGCAGCAGUGGAAGAAAAAAGAAAGCAGAAAAUUUUCGAAGAAAAGGAACGUCGAGAAGCGAAUGUACGAAGAACCCUGGAGCGUAGCAGCCAACUCGAUCAGCGACAGAAGAGAUGGUCUUGGGGUGGUGGAUCCAUGGAAGAUGUUGAUCUCAAGCAUGGUACAACUGGAAAUAGUUCUAGUCCUGUAGAUAUAGUUGAAAAAGCCCAUUCCCCCACAGACCCUCACAAUGAAGAAAAAGGUGGAUCUGGCGGUAAAUGUUCCACCUCGACUACUAACCUUAAACAGGCAGAGAGUGCAAUGCACAAGCGUUUGUCUUCCUCUUCUGCCACCCUUCAAAAUCCUGACAGAGGUGCCAAACAGAGAAGUUCUUCAUUAAGCAGACUAAGUAAUAAAACUCCUCUAAAUUCACAGCCACACUCACCUAGAGUCUCAAACCUGGAAAAGAAAGGUGGAGCCAACCAAAAGAGAAGUUCAUCCCUUAACAGACUGAGUAAUAAGCCUUUGACAUCACCCUGUGUAGAUAAUGUGAAGAAAGAAGAAAAAACAGCAUAUCGACCCCCAACCAGUCCUUUAGACAGUAGCAUAAUGAGUCGUCUCCUCACCCCCACACAGUCGUCUCUAGCUAGGAGUAAGAGUGCAGCCAUGCUGCCAUCUGAUGGAAAAGAUUCAACAGAAUUUCACCUCUGUCCUCGUUCAGCUGCUGCAACUACCAUCAAUACCCCACCCUCCGCCCCUAAAGGUCCUUUACGAAGCCGAAGCAUUGACAGAUUGAAGUCACCACAGAAUACGUCACCUUGUACUGGUACCCCAGAUCUUUCCCAGAAGUCUGAGCAUGGAAAACAAUCACCUCCUCCAAUGGGAAAACGCCCACCAUCUCCUGCGCUAAUUAAUUCUCGAAGGAGAUCACCGUCUCCUGCUAACACAGCAAAACGACCACCAUCCCCAACACCUGAAAAUAAAAAGGUUCAAAAGAACCAUUCUUCAUCUCCAGUUGUGACAAAACAGAGAACUUCCUCACCUGUUGUGACAAAUAAACCUGUUCCAAUACAACGCCCGUCCCUUACACCUAAUGUCUUAAAUGCUGCCAAAAAAAGUGCAGAAACAGAAACCAAACCAAAGGAAAAGACUCAAGAAAUCCUUGCUGAGCCAAAAGGUUUACAGACAUCAGAGAAAGAAAUCACCAGUGGCUCACCAAAGACCAAAGAUGAAUCCAAUUGUAAAAAUGCUUCAGGAAGCACAACUGCUGAGGAGGCUGCUAAAAUCUUGGCUGAAAAUCGACGUCUGGCACGGGAGCAGAAAGAGCGCGAAGAGCAGGAAAGAAUUCAAAGACAGCAAGAAGAAAAAGUAAAACAAGAAGAAAUGGCUCAAAAAGCAGAAGAAGAAAAGGCCAAACGGAUAGAAGAAGCCAAAAUAUUAGAAGAACUGAGGAAGCUAGAGGCAGAGGAGGAGCAAAGAAACGCAGAGGAAGAAAGAAUCCAAAAGGAAAUUGAACAACAGGAGCACUUGGCAGAACUUCAGCAGCAGAAGGAGGAAGCAGAAGCUAAAGCCCUUGAAGAAGCAGAGAAACAAAGGCAAGAGCGAGAGAAAAUCAUGCAGCAAAACAUGCAGGAAAGGCUUCAAAGGAAAAAGAGAAUUGAAGAAAUCAUGAAAAGAACUAGGAAGACAGAUCAAACAGAUUCAAGAGAUGAAGAUCAGUCUGAUCAAAGCCCAGACGAUGAUGGUGAUGAGCUUGAUCUUGAAGCAGAUAUGCAUGGAAGGCUAAAUGGAGUUGAUCAGUGUGAGGAAUCAGAUGAACAAGGAAAGGCUUGCUUCAUGGAAUUUUCUACUCUGACUUCUGCAGAUCCUUUGUUGUCAGAUGCUUCAGCCCCAGAGCAAACUGAAUUAUUUAUGAAUGUGGACAAACCAAGCUCUGUGCAGAAAGAGAAUGAGGAGCCUUUAGACACAGUACCUCCAAAUGAAUUCAGUCUUGUGGGUUCUGACACUGCUUUAUCCAGCCAAGAUCAUCUCCCAUUUAAUGAAGAUGAUAAACUAAGGGUAUUGGUGAAUAAUUUAAAUGGAAAAUCCAGCACUUGGACAUUUGAAGAGAUUUUGGAUUUAGAAAUCCACUCCAACUCCACUAGUUUAUCCUCUGAUUCUGUUAACAUGGACCUUUGCAAGAAGAACUACAUAGAAGAUGCUAAUAGUCCAGGUGCUCCAAAGUUGGCCUUCGAGGAGGGGAAAAUGAAUGUUUUAUCCACAGCUAUUGAGUCAGCUGCAGAAAUGUGAAAUUCCAGCAGUGAAACUCCUUAGAUUGCACUUCACUCUCCAGUAUUUAAUAAAGCGCAGAAGCCUUGUCAUUAGAAGCUGCUACCGCAACAUUAUAUAUUUCUUAUAAUAUUGGAAAACUCACCUGGCACGAGAAGGAACUUCAUUUUUAACAUUUCAGGGAGACUAUGUUGGCUAUUUCAUCCUUUUUUUCCUUGUGUUCUGCAUAUUUAUAGCAUCUCGGGGGAUUUUUAGAAUGUUAUGUUUCGGUCACUAGCGAUGCAGCGUUACUUGUUGUACGCUGGUAUUUCAGCAAAUACUAACAAACUUGUUUCUUCGUUAACCAAAUCUUGUAAGCACUUAACAUUUUUAUUAUAACUUAACUACACCCCUAUGCUAAUGACAUUCUCUGAUAGUUUCUAAUUCCAUCCAUUAAUAUAUGCUUUUCAGAAUAUUAAAAUCCGUAAUGUUCAUGUAGGCUUUACAAGUGCUCUAAACUCUUCCCUUGCUUAUAUUGGACUCCGUUACGUACACCUUGACUAAUGCAAAGAGAAAUGAAUGUUCACCAGGGAGAGCGUCUGUAGUGAAUGUUGGCUUUUUGUCCAGUUUUUUUGUUUUUGUUUUUUUUUGGAAACAUUUCAUUUUGCUAUCUAAAUUUUGUAUUUAAGUUGCAUAUGUAUUAUUUUAUUGUGUACAUACAAAAGCAGUAUUAUAACAUACUACUUGAGUUCUCUGUUUAUAUUAGUGUAGCAGGUUUUUACAGCUGAUUACUGUGCAUAUCUGUUCCUGCUAAGACCUGUCCCCUCCAGAAGAACCAGUUUGGACAAACACAGGUAUCCAGCAAAUGAUUAGGAAAUUUGUCCUGUGGAGAUUUUCAAGACACAUUGCAGCAAAUUACUCUUAACUACCUCUAGGCAGAUUCUAUUGGUGGAAUGAUAUAUUCACAAUUACCUCCACAAUAUAUGAGUAUAUGAGCUUGAUCUUGCCAGUGGAGACAAAUGAACUUGUGUCUCUCAAACACUGGAUUUCCCAUAGCCUUUUGCUUAGAGACAGUUAUGUUUGUGUUUAUUGCUACAUCUGCUCGUACAGAUUUAGUUUUGCUUAAAAUUAACUUUUAGGGGCAGAUUUACUACGGUUCGAAUGGUAAAUUUGAAUUUUCGAGAAAAAAAAACUGUUUUGGUCAAAACGCACAAAUUCGAUUUUAAAACUAGCAAUUUGAACGUGAGAUGGAUCACAACUCGAUCCUGGAAAAGGUUCUAAUUUGACUAUUUGCCAUCUUCCAAGUUCAUGUAGAAGUCAAUGGCAGAGGUCCGUUGAACGAUAUGAAGCUGUUAAAGGAGAAUUCAGCCCUACCCUGGGUAGACCGCCCCCCCUCAGCCUACCUUUCCCCCCAGGCAAAUGCCCCUAAUUUUUUACUCACACCUCCGUGCAGAUUCAGCCUCGGAAUUCACGGCUGCCAUCUUCUUCUCCGGUGAUCUUCGUGUAUUGACAGCAUUCUCGUCGCAUGCGCAGUUGGAGUAAAUUUCCGGUCCCAAACAACUGCGCAUGCGCCGAAAGUCAUGGAAAUAUUUGAAAAUUUUCAUGACUUUCGCGAAACUUCAGAAAAAGACUGAAAAAAGAAGAUGCCUCCCGUGGCCAGAAUCUGCGCGGAGGGGUGAGUAAAAAAUUAAGGGUAUUUGCCCGGGGGGAUGUUUUUUUUUCUUAUUACGGGUUGAAUCCUCCUUUAAUUGCCUUCCUGACAUUUAAGUUUUUUUGGUGGGUUUUUUUGGAGUAAGAUUUGAUUUGAAUUUUUGGGUCAUUCCUAUUCAGUCGAAUAUUAGACGUUCUAGUUUUCUCAUAAAUAACCUCCCAUUCGAGUUGUGAGAACAUUUGAAUUUAUUAGAGUUAAAAAAAUUCUUUGAAAUUUGACCUCCUUAGUGUGGUGUUUGCACCACAGUAUUUUAAGACGAGUUGUAAUUAGUCUCCUUAGGAUUCCUAAUGAAAUAUAAAUAGCGGAGGGCCUGAAUAGAAAUAUAAGCAAUACAAAUACAAGUGAUGCCACUGAAAUUAAAGCCAUACAAAAUAAAACUGAAGACCAGUGAAAUGGUUGCUUAGAUUAAGUCCAUCUACAACAUAAUAAAAAGUUAACUCAGAAGCGAUUGUCACUUUUUUUCAUGCCUAUCUAUGGUGGCCCAACCACUUUUGCAUGUAUGGCUUCCAAGAAGGGUCAAUUUGACUUGCCCAUUCAGUGAUCCGGUUGGACUGCAGUCAGUGCUGUCUGAACAUUUAGCAGGAGCCUAUCAGCCAGGUAACAGAGACGUUGGCCUUGUUAUAUUUGCCUUUAGCGACAACAAUUCUCCACAUGAGACUUAAGUCUUUACCUAGUGACAGUUAUGAAUAAUAAAGAGACAUUGGAAUCGGAGUACUGUAUUUAAGAAUUAAUAUUAAAGCAUGUAUAACAAAAAUAUUACUACUGUUUGAACGUUAUUGCCUAAAAACCUCUGUCUUUUUCAUAUACAGGUAUUUAUUUGUUGAAUGUAUCUCUUUGGUUAAGAUAAAUUUAUUUUUGUUUGUAUAACCCAUUUUGCACCAACAACUUUUUUUCUAUGAGCUUGUAACAUGAAAAGCUACUGAAGCUGGCCAAUCGCAUAGAGAUCUAAACUUUCAGCAAUGCAGAAUUGAAGCAACUUGCUCAUACAGACAGUGGCUCGCAUUGCACAGAACAGAGCUUUGUAAUAUUGGGGGUAGAUAACAUAUUCAUUGAUAAUCCCAAUACACUGAAGUCUGCCGGAGGUAUUACACACUGACAGAUGGGUAUAAUAGCUCAAGGUAGAGUCCUGUGCGGGUCCAUUUUUUGGAACUAGACCUGUACCUGCAACCCGGACCCGCAACCUGAAUUCUUACCCGCUAGCUGACCCGCAAGUACCUUAUCCGCAACCCGGACCCACUGACCGUCAAGUAUCAGGAAGUGCUGUCAUUGUUAACCUGGAAGUUACAUCAUCGGAAGUAGGCGUGAUCAGAAAAAAGGAGUAAAAAUUGCUAUUGAGAAGGCCCGACCUGCGUCUAUACCCGCACCCGGAACGCCUACCCGCAGGUUUUUGCGGGGGACCGACCCGUUGCAGGACUCUAGCUCAAGGUUGAUGUUAGGUGUAUGCAGAGCAGCCAGUGAAGUGAUUUACGGCUCAGUCACUAGUAUGAGUAUGUAGUAUGCAUGGUUAGAGCCAUUGGCUUGGUGUGUAGCCAUCUUUACAGUUACGUUUAAAGGUCCCAAUGGAGCAGUGCCUUAGGUAAACAAAAUUUAUUUUUGUAUAAACGCUGCUUAAUUUUAGCAAAGACAAUCUAACCUAUAAAAUGCUAUUUUGUGUGCAACUGUUACUUGUUAAAUAUUUCUCUACAGCUAAUGAUGUAAAUAUGCGUGUACUGUUCAAUAAACAAAUUAAAAUGUU